CUUCUUCAAAAAAAUGAAGUUUUUUGAGGGGCUAUACAUAUUGUGAUUACAUGAUUUCAAAUGGUAAUCUGGACUGGAAACUCGACAGCAAAUAAACUGGUACCUUUGAAUGAAUAUAAUGAGAAAGCACCUCAUAUGAUAAACACAUGCACUAUAUUGACCGGGUGAAAAAAAUCAAUGUUUCAAAGAAUUAUUCAUAUAUAUACCUGUAAUGGUUGUUUGACUUAUAAGAUACCAAUAUCAGAUUCAUCUUUUAAUUGGUAGCAAUGUUACAUCAUCCAUUGCAACCUUAUUAUCUUCUGUUCCAGUCACAAAAUCAUUUUACUAGCAAGCAAUCCUCCUGCUAUUUCUGGAGCAUCCUGGUCUCUUUCAGAUUAUGGUAUUCAUGUUUGAUAGUGUUGCUUGAUUGAUGCCCCUUAGUGGACAUCAUCCCCAUCCAUAGCUUCCCAACCCCAUACUUGGAUAUUUCUGAACCAUUCUCUAGUGCUGCCUUCCAAAUCUGAAUGGGCCUAUAUGGUGGACCAAGAUCUUCAUCGGUUGGUAGAAGAGUCUUGAAAACGAUUCAUUAACUACUCACAAAUAAGUUCAUUCAUGGAAACUGGUAUUGCUAAGUCAUGGAGAAAUAAAGAAAAGAAAAAUCCAUGUUAAUUCUGGUUAUUCAGGCUCUCAGCAUACAAGUCAAGAUCCUUGUGUUUCAUUUCAUAAUUAUUUUGCUGAUGUAUUUUCAGUGUAUAGCAGUAACUGCCUAGGACAGGGGUUCCCUACAGGUUCGGUCACAAUCCCAAUAGAGGAUAAAAUGUAGAAAACUUGCAAAUUAAUAGGCUAAUAUAGGGGGAGUUGCAAACAUGGUGUCUUGAAAAAAGGGAGUGCAAGUUUAAAACAGUUCAUAACCACUGGCCUAGAGCUUCAACUGGUGCUUACAUUUUGAUCAGAACUUAGUGUAAUACUGAUAUCUACAAUACUGCUAGUAAAUGUUCAUGGUGAUCUGCAUAUUUGGUAUUUGGUGUUAAUAGAAGUAACUUAAAAAGAGGAAAAUGGUAAAACACUCCAGAGAAAUAAAUUUAUAUCAUCACAGAGAAGUUGUUUAUUUCAUAUUGCCUUUUUUGUAUUUGAAUAUGACCAGGUAACACAAUGCUGACAUCUGCCUCUUGGCUAACCAUGCAUGUUUCUCCACCUAUUAUUGCCUCAGCGAGAACUGUUACAUUUUGUUUGAAUAUGCUUUGUGAUUGCACUUCUGGCUGGAAAAUUAGUGUUUCUUUAAUUUCAGACAUACGUCAUACUAACAGUACUUCCUUGGCUCUUAAGACAUUUUGUGAAGUAAAAAAAUACACAUUUCUGUCUACACAUAAAUAUCACCCAGGACAGUGUUCUAAGUUUUGACCAAACUACAUGAUCUCUUCUGCUUCAUUUAACCUAACAACUUGGAUACUUCAUGUAUUAUUUUAACACCCUUGGCAAGCUCCAAGAAUAUAAAAAAUAAGCAUCUCUUUCAGAGUGAAAUUUACCCUUGGGGAAUUGACUGUACAGUAUACACAAAAAAUACAAAGAAAACGUUUUCAUAACCCUCCAUGCUUUUUCCCUAAUGAUACCUGGGUGUUUGUUUUUUCUGAUUAAUUGAUAAAUUUGACCGACAAUGAAGAAAUUCUGUGCAAUGCAAUUCUUAAUAUUGCUUCAUAUAUUGAAGAUAACAGUUAUAUGGAGAAAAUGGAAUCAAAUCAGUAUCUUGUUUGGACAGCAAAACUGCAAGGUCAAAUAAUUCACAUGAUAAAGAACAUAAUAAUUGUGAUCAAAAGUAAUGUCUUUAAAAGAGUAACCCUUUGAGUUCAGAAUAUUGAUAUGAAUAGAUCAAAUACGAUCCAUUGAUAUAUGGGACCUGAAACUCGUGGCUUGAGCAUACCAACCAAAUCUACUGUAAGGAAAGCCGAGACAGGCUGGACCUCCACCUGGGAACUUGAAAGGAGGGACCCUUGUGGUUGGAAUCACAGGUGGAUAUGACAAUAUGCCAUCCUCGGUAUUAUUCCCAUUUGAUAAAGUGACUGAUUCCGCAUCAACUCAUACUGUUAUCAUUCUCUUUUAUCUAUAUAUCUACCUAGAUGAUCGUCUCAUGUGAGCAUUUGUAGAGGGUCCUCAUACACCAUCCCGGGAAUAUUUCCUUAUCCGAAACGAAAUUGUUAAAAGAGAGGUUCUUGCUUGGACGGAUAUUGUUGUCUAUGUUGCAUAGACGAUCGACACUGUUAUUGCUGGCAAGGUAUAUUCCAUUUGUUCAGUACAAAAAUAUCCAUAUUCUUUUAUCGGCAUUAUUGUCCUUAGCAAAUGUCAGCGAAGUUUUUUAUCAAUAUCUUCGAUCUGGCUUUUUAUAUAAAUAUUUUACAAUAGCAUGAGGGUUAAGAAAAUGAGGGCAGUAAUCCUUAUGUACUGGGUAUAUUGCGAGCAAAAUAAAACCCCGAAGAUAUUAAUUAAUGGCCUGGUUUCUCUCAUUCCGAAUAUUGCUGACUCUUAAGUGUUUAUUGUCGUACCUCGGACUACCAUGGAACACUAAUUAAAUACAGUUUAUCAAACACGCACGCACAUAACCCCCCCCCCCCAACACACACACACAUAUAUAUAUAUGCCAAAGUUAAAUGAGACGCUUCAACUCGGGGAAGCUGAGUUAUAUAAAAAGCAUAUAUAUCAAGUAAUAUACAUUUUGUGGAAGGACAAAGGGCGAGAAUUAUCUCCAGAUCAAAUGUCAGAUCGACGCCUAAGAUCAAUGCUGCGACCUGAGUCUAUAAAUUAAGGUGGAACGGCCAGGUGAGCGCAUUCAUGCUGUUUUCUUGCUCAGUUUAGGUACUUGCUGCCACCCUACUGCAUCUGUAGCGUAAUUGCUUACGUUGCUGUAUGAUUAUAUAUUGCUCUAUAUAUAACUUCACAUUUCUUAAGGAAGGCUGAGUAGCACAGUUCCAUACCGCAUUUCUGUUGCGCGGUACAGUACGUCAUUAACAUGAUUUUUCAGAAGUGCCUCCGUUAUGUCGGUGUCGUUUAUACGAUGGGUGUUAUCAACCGCGACCCUCUUCGCAACUGCUGCCGAGCCUCCGGAUCUGUCUUCCGCGUCUCUCUUAGACCCGCAGAUGCUAGUCGGUGUCCGAAUGGGACCAGGCCAAUCCACUGUUUGUGAAACCGCCGGGGGAAGCCUGCCUAUCUCGCCUGGUCCAGUACAGAAUGAAACGAGAACAACCGGUACUCCCGAUGCAGUGACUGGGGCUGACAAGCUGUUAAAUUCUUCCGUUAUUUCGAAUACUUCUUUUACUGUCUGUGCCUUCGUCAAAGUUGACAGAAGUUAUACGUACUCUACCCUCUUAACUAUCACUGAGAAAUACCGGAGGGUUUUUAUCGACGUCAUACAAAUGGGCGUGCUCCUCCGGGUGAAGAAUUCGAUGGAAGGCGAUACAAGCGAGUAUUUCUUCGAAGUGAAGUUCCCUCCUGAACAGUGGCGCCACCUGUGUUUGCAGUACGACGGUGUAUCGGGGAAGAGUCGCUGCUUAGCGGACGACGAAGAAAGGCCACUGUCGAGCAUGCGAGUACCUGGUGUAGGCGAGGGGUACAACCCACCUGACGAAAGAGCCACACCUCAUCCGAACAGCUGUGCGCCGAAUAACACACUGGAGGUUGACAGUUGUCAGGACACCCAGGGGAAAUCUGAGGCGCCGACAGGAAAGCUGUGUCUAGGAGGGUUUGGACGCGGUAAGUUAAGAGCUACGGUGAGUCGGCUUCGCUGGUGGAGCCGAAUUAUCCCAGAUAUUGGGAAGGCGGUCGAGUGUGCAGGGCGAGCGCAGGGGUUUCCUGACUUGACGAUGAAUAAGGAUUGGGCUGCAGUAGGCGAUGCUUCCUUUCAGCUCCACUCAUUGCAGGAAGUGUGUUCAUCAUACCCUCGCUACGUCCUCCUACAACCAGCCGGAACAUAUAGCCAUUCCCAGUCGUUUUGUCACGCUUUGGCGGGGACUUUGGUAUCAACAGACGAUUUAACGGCAAUAAACACAACUUCACUUCAGUUCAGCAACAUAUAUGCGGACUCAGGUGAGCCUUUGACUUGGCUCGAUGUAAAGAACGGGACGAUAGUGGCGAUCACGCCCGGAGACGAGUGCCCUGCCUGGGAUUCGAACGGAGAAAAAAUGGUGGCUUGCGUCCGGCGUCUCGACUGCUCCAUUUGCAAGUUGUCGCCCACAUCCUUGUAUACUUUGUACGGGCACACCGGGCGUUUUUUCGAGUACACAUAUUACAUAGAUUCUAAUUUAUCGGUUCCCAUAUUCCAAAGUAAAGGAAGCUCUCGAAUCAAGCUUGAGGAUUCCAUAUGGGUGCUGAGUUCGAACCUGCAUCGUGUUGAGUGGAGGCUGGAGGGCGCAGCGGUCCCGAUCGGCCGACGACGGUGGAUGGCGGGGACCCAGGAGGUCGUGCUCACGCUGACCAAAUGCCUCACCACCCAGUUCACCUGCGACGAUGGCCAGUGUAUCUCCCAGCUCUUACGCUGUGACGAUAUUUUGCAUUGCCGAGAUAUGUCUGACGAAGUAAAUUGCCACGUUGUGGAAAAGCCAUCUCGCUACGACGUCUCUACUCCUCCGCCUCUCCGACCUUGGGAGAACGGCACUGUACCCCUAGCUUAUCAUAUUGAUGUCUAUCACCUGAGUGACAUCACGGCCAUCAAUGCGACGGCUUCAAUGGACGUAGGAAUCACCCUGACUUGGUACGACCCGAGACUGAAAUUUCGCAACCUUAAGCCCGACAUAAAGAACUAUUUUCCGUGUGAGUUGGUUUGGACGCCGGCUGUACAGGCAGUAACGGGCCACGGUGAUGGCACCGUUCUGGACACCAAUGACUAUGAAAAGUUCUGUUAUGCCUAUAAUAACGAUGCUACAGAGAAACGGCCCCUUGCUGAUCCGUAUAUGGGCCACGUAGCAGAUGGAAUAGAUACUGCAGUCGAGGUGUACCUGGGCGUGUUGGCUACAGUACCUUGCCAGUUUCAGUUGCAGCUAUAUCCUUUCGACACUCAGUUGUGCAACCUGUCCUUCAUUCUGAUUAACUCCCCGUGGUCCAGGGUGUUUGGCAAAGCUCUUCCUGGUAACUACGUUCCUUACCUCAAUGCUCGUCGUUCUCUUCUGGAGUAUGUGCUGGAGGACCAGACGACGGAGGUGGGCUGGCUCAUGCAAGCAGCCGACAACAACACCUACUUCGUGCUCUCCUACCACCUGCGACGCCUUUACGGAUACCACAUCAUGAACAGUUACUUCCCAAGUCUCCUCAUGUUCGUGAUUUCUUACGCCACUUUCUACUUCCAGCUCGACGACUUCACAAACCGAAUCAUGAUUUCCCUAACGGCUCAGCUGGUGCUGGCGGCGCUCUUCAGCUCCACCACCCGCUCCUCCGUCAAAACACCCUACCUCAAGCUCAUCGAUGUAUGGUAUGCCGUCAUCAUCACUUCCUGCUUCCUCAUCAUCGUUUUUCAGACGCUAAUCAACGUCAUCUUUCACAGCAACCGCCUCCCUGGUUUCGUUUACAAGAUGGCGUGUUUGCCAGGCCCCCUGACUGACAUAAAGAAGGUUGUCCCACUGUUCACCAAAAGAAGCCAAGAACUGACGCAGCGAGAGUCGGCAGGUUGCUCGGUGGCUCGUCGAUACAACGGCAUGGCUCGUGUGUUCACCCUGUCGCUCGUGACUAUCUUCGUCGUCCUGUAUAGCAUGAUGGCGCUUCGGUUUCUCUAGCCUUCCCCAAAUUUUGACCUGUGAAGCAGUCUGGUGAUGACUACUGUCUUUUCAUCUUAAUAAAAAAACGGUAGUCAUCCCUACUAUUACAUAAAAUGGUGGCAAUGGCGUUUGGAUACGAAUUCUUUGUGUACCUGAUUAUGCUAUUUGUCAUGAUAUCCCUGUUAAAGGUCCGGUACCUCGAUUUCAAAUAAACCACUGUCCCCUCUCGCAUACAAAGAAUUAUCGCAUUAUUUUUUAUCAUGCAAUAACCCUUGGUCUAUACUUCCAUUCAGACAUGUUAGACAUGGAUCAUGCAUUGCAGACUGAAUUAUACAUGAUGAAAUAUAGGUUAUGUAACCAUGUUGGAUGUGUUGAUAUAAAC